AUGGAGCUAAUAAAUCCCACAGGUGGAGGCGCUGAAAAAUUAAAUGGUAAACUGACCUGUAAGGAAGGCCACAGCGGUCCAACCUACGAGUCCAUGCAGGCUGUGUUUGAUUUACAGCCCUUCAGGCCGGCAGUGAAUCUUAGCAACCCCACCAUCGCCAACAUCUCCUUCACCCUGUAUGCUGUCCUGGGUGUGAAUGAAAAAACCCAGAUACUCACUACUUUCUUGUGGCUGCGACUGUACUGGCACCAUGAGUUUCUGGUCUGGGAUCCUGAUGAGUGUGACGGCGUCACCAGGAUUUCUCUGCCUGUGAAGCAGCUCUGGUCUCCAGACAUCAUCGUGUAUGAGUUCGUGGAUGAUGAUGUUUCCCAGGCGUGUCCUUACGUCUACGUGAACCACACAGGUCACAUCCGCUGGGACAGGAUGCUGCGGCUUGUCUCAGCCUGCAACCUGGAGAUCUACAGUUUCCCUUUUGAUGUGCAGAACUGCACAUUCACAUUUGGCUCUUACAUGCACACCAUCAGGGAUGUUAGGGUCAGUCCAGCCCUGACGUUUCAGGAGAUGUCUAAAAACUCAAAGCGCUACCUGGAAGCCAGUGGAGAAUGGGAGCUGGUGGACAUACUGGGGGAGACCUCCAUCCUCCAGUUUGGCAUCGACGAGUGGGACAUCAUCACCUUCUGGGUGGUCAUAAAGCGGCGGCCAGUCCUCUAUGUGGUGAACCUCCUGAUCCCCAGCUCCUUCCUCAUGCUCAUCGACAUCCUGUCCUUCUACCUGCCCCCGCAUAGUGUCGACCGCGCCUCCUUCAAGAUGACCCUCAUUCUGGGCUACACCGUCUUCCUGCUCAUCAUGAACGACCUGCUGCCCAGCACAGCAAAUGGCACACCCAUUAUAGGUAUUUAUUUCUCUGUGUGUCUGGCCCUCAUGGUCAUCAGUCUGCUGGAGACGGUCAUCAUUACCAAUGUCCUCCACCACAGCUCCAUGAAAUACCAAGAGGUUCCAAACUGGGUGAGGGUGGUGGUCCUCAAACACAUAGCCAACCUCAUCUGCUACCGAUGGCCGGAGGAUGUCCAGCAGCCUUCUAUACCACAGACCGAUAAACCUGACAGUUCCAAUGAGGGUUCAGGCCCGUGGAUCAUCCAACCAACCAGCCAGACACCUGCCCAGCACCCAACCAGCAACGGAGGUACAGCUGCUCUGCCUGAACUGCAGCAGAUCUGUCAGCACCUGGGCGACCUCCGUGCCCACCUCACGUCGCUGCAGAAGGAGAGCGAGCUGCAGGACCAGUGGUGCCACGUAGGAUACGUCCUCGACUUCCUGCUCUUCCGCAUCUAUCUGCUGCUCAUCUCCUGUUACGCCCUGGUCAUCAUCUCCAUGUGGUGCGUCUGGAUCAGCCAACUGAUAAUGACGGCGGUAAAGCUUGCGGAGCUCAUUUUCGCCUGUUUCAUGCUGCUUCACGGUUUUGUUGCAGCUUUGAACUGCACCAGCCCGACCCCAAAAGCCUUGUUCAGUGCACUUCAGAAAGAUGUAUUUGAGUACAAACUGGUGCGUCCCGUAAGCAGCUUUUCAGAUCCAAUCACCGUAAACAUCAGUAUCACUGUGGUGGGAGUUGUGGGAGUGGAUGAAAAAUCCCAAACCCUGACGUCAGUCUUAUGGAGAGUUCUGGAGUGGGACAUAGAGGGACUGAGCUGGGAUGAGAAGGAAUGUGGAGCUGCAAGAGUCUCCGUCCCUCGGGAACACCUUUGGAUCCCAGACAUCCACAUCUCAGAGUUCAUGGAUGAGGAAAAAUCUCCUCAAACUCCUUAUGUCUACUUAUACAACACUGGUCAUGUAUAUGAUGAUAAGCCAGUCAGAGUUGUCAGCUCCUGCAGAUUAAUAAUCUACACUUUCCCCUUUGAUGUUCAAAACUGCUCUCUGACCUUUGGAUCAUAUCUACACUUCGCGACGGACAUAAGGGUUAUGAACAGCGUCACAUCUGAGGCGGUCCUGGAGGAGUCCAGAAAUGUGUUGGAGACCAGCGGGGAGUGGGAGCUCGCAGAUAUAACUUUAAGUUCUUCUACCCUGGUGUUAACUGUGGGAAAUUACUCUGAGCUCAAAUACAAUCUCAUUCUGAGACGCAGGCCAAUCCUGUACGUGGUGAACCUGCUGAUCCCCAGCUGCUUCCUCGUCACACUGGACCUCUUCAGCUUCAUGCUGCCUCCCCAGAGUGUGGACCGGUCCUCCUUCAAGAUGACCCUCAUCCUGGGUUACACGGUCUUCCUGCUCAUCAUGAACGACCUGCUGCCCGUCACCGGGGAGACGACACCCCUCAUGAACGUUUUCUUCUCCCUCAGUCUCGCUCUGAUGGUGGCCAGCCUGUUGGAGACGGUGUUUAUCACAAAUAUCCAGUUCAGCUCCAGCCACUUCAGUGCGGUGCCUCACUGGCUCAGUGUCCUUGUGCUACGAUAUCUAGCUGUUAUCGUUUGUCUCCCUCCAAAGAAAAAGAGCGCCACAGUCACUGUCUUCCUCAACCCAUCCAGUAGAGCUCCAGCAAUGAAUUCCAGAGUCAUCAACACCUCAGUGAGUCAUCUUCAGACCGUCUCUGGUGUCACACCGGCAGUGAAACCCUCUGGGGAGCCGGCGCUGGAUGAGCUGAGGAAGCUGACCAAACAUCUCACGGCCAUCCGCCUCCAGGUGGACCAACACUUCCAGGGGACCAAAACCUCGCAGGAGUGGCACAUGAUCGGGAUAGUCAUCGACCGUCUCCUGUUUGGCAUGUACAUUGUCUUCAUCGUCGUCAGCUUCAUCACCAUAUUGGGUAUUUGGGUCUGGAGCAGCUCAUAUGUAAUAUGAUUUAACUGCAACAGCAGUUUUGCUAACAGCAAAAUACGUUAUUGUAUAUUUGAACUAUGUAUAAACAGUUAACCUCAAAAUCAUGCACUAGAGAAUAUGCACAAAUUGCAAUGGGUUCAAAUAUUUAAAUGUCUUUUAAAAAGGCCAGUCAGCAUCUUCAGGGGAAAAGAGCCAUGGCCUGUAACAUGUAGAGCCUAACUGUGUUUUACGCUUUAAGUCUGAGAUUUGACUACUGAUUAAAGACUUUUUUAAACUAAGCACAAGCACAACUAAAUUACAGGGCAGGUAAUUGUUCAUGAAGGUCUUCACAGCAAUAGCAGUAAAAGUGUGGGUGCGAAUGCGUGUUAGCAAGACUGCAAUUUCAGAUAUGAUUGAAAGAACUUCCUGAGUUUGUUUGGGAUUUGUACUAAAAUACACCAACAAACUUCAUGGUUUUAAUGGAGUAGGUAAAUCCACAGUCCUGUAUGCUGUCUCUCGUCAUAACCUGCACACUGCAAACCCAAAAUCAUCCAGAUCAUUGUCUACAAGGUGUUCAUUUCAUUGUCAAAACAUGCUGUAAUGUGUUUUCUUUUUUUUUUAAUCUGAUCACUAGAACCAUUCAGGUGCUCACACAGUUGCAGUUUACGGUGCUUGGCAGUUGUGCUUUGCAGAGGAUCUUUUGCAGUUGAAGUUCAAAUAUUGACUGUCACAUUAUAUCCACUAGAUGGUGCCAUUGAUUGAUAGUUGGAGUAUUUGUGCAGCCUAACCACAUGACUUAGAUAUUGUAUGUAGGCUAUUAUAUAGUUCGAUAUCACAAACAGUCCCCAUAAGCUUAUAAUACAAGUGACCAAAGGUACAACCAUUUCAUUUGUGAUUAGUGUGUUUGUGCUCCUUUGUUGUCAGACUUGCUACGUGACUCCUCCAUGUAGUCCAGUUAUGGACUGUUGCUUAAGUGUAUUUGAAGUGUCUUUAUUCAAGUACAAUUGUGAGUAUUUCCUGCACUUUUAUACUUCCAAUCAAUUAAUUGAUCAAACAAGGAAAAGCAGCCAAUUCAUCUGCAAAUAUUUUGAUUACCAAUUAAUUGUUUUCUACUUUUCAAGCAAAAAUGCCAAAUAUCCUCUUUUCCUCUAUUUAUAUUCAAACAGACUCGAUCUCUUUGGGUAUCGGACUGUUGGUCAAAAAAAACAAAAAACAGUGUUGUUGACUCAACCUUUCUAUCAGCACACAAAAACAAUAACCCCCAUCAACAGUCUGGCCAGUCUUUUAUUAUCAACAUAAUUAAAGAACAAAGACAAAUUAACACAAAUAAUAGUCAUCAUAUUAACAAUAAUUAACAUUUUUAAUAAUAGACACUUUAAUCUGUAGUGCACUUUAAACCUCUGCACGCCUCCGUGUUAAAGGCAGUCCAAGGACAAACAGUCUGCUGAGUGGAGGAGGAGCGCUAUCGGUCACUGGAGCUGUGAGUUCAGCGUCAAAGCAGCCUGGUUAAUACUAAAGACACUGGCGCAGUUUGUCUCCUGAAUACUUCUGUCAGGACUCGGGGACAUGAAUAUCACACUUAUUGCUUUAAAUAGCAUCUCAUGAGAGAUUGUACACAGAAAGCGAAGUGGAGAGUGUUUCUACAACAUAUAGCAGACCAGUGAUUCCAGACCUAAGGGGUCCCAACAUAAAUCUGAGGGGUCACCAGAUGGUUAAAAGUGCAAGAAAAAAAGAAAUA